UAUAAGUAAAGUUAUUGGAACACAGCCACCCCAUUCCUUUAGCUUUUGCAUGCUAUAAAGGCAGAGCUGAGUAUGUGAGGCAGAAUGUAUGGCCCACAAAACCUGAGUUAUUUACACUUCGACCCUUUACAGAAAAAUCAUUCGACUCCUAACCUAGAUAAAUCUUGGAUGGUGGUUAUGUCAUUGUGUGAAAUGUGCAUACCGCAAACUAUAGGGUUGUAUAAUUAAAAACUGGCUGAAGCUAAGGUUCAUCAUAGUUUUAAAGGGCAAUUUUAUUUGAGCAAACCUGGUUUCCAUGAGAUAUGUAGUGUGGGUCAUCAAAAGGCCCUAGGUGUAACCUUGUGAGCUCCAUGCCCCCCAGUAAACUGCUGUAGGGUUUACUUACAGAAUUUCAAAAUACUGAAUGGGCCUAGUAUUUCCUUGCCCGUCUUAUCCCAGGCAUCAGAGGUCGGAUGUCCCCUACACCUGGGCUGAUACUGACAGGUCCUGUCUUCGCCUGGGCAAGUCUAGCCAUGUCAGCGCACAUUUCUAUUGUCUUUCCUGUAGCGCAGCCAACGGAGACGAGACUAGGCUUCCAAGGGACCAGCACGCCUCUUCUACCGGUAAAGCCACACUCCUGUCUCACUCCUGGAGCUGAUCCUCGGGUUCCGCCUCUCCCUCUAGCUCUCACCAUCUGAACCACUAGGACGGGGAAAGGCGGGGUCAGCCUCAGCAACCAAUCAGGGCUCGGCCCCUAGCCCAGCCAAUCAGGACAGGCCAUCUGGGGCUCAGCCAAUCCGGCCGGACGAAGAAGACUGGCGACAAGUGCCUGCACCUCUCCUUCAGGUUUGGGUGGCCCUUCGUGUGGUCAAUCGGUCUCUGUCGCGGUUCUUGCUCGCUCGCUCGCUCAUAGUCCUGGAAGCCCCUGUGUGCCGUCCCAGAGGCCAUGGGGCGGCAGUGGGGGCCAGCCAUGAGGGCGGCCGAGCAGGCGGGCUGCAUGGUGAGCGCCUCGCGGGCGGGGCAGCCGAAGGCGGGCUUAUGGAGCUGCAGCGGGGUGAUCCUGAGCCGCCGCCCGGGCCUGGUGCUGUGCCACGGAGGCAUCUUCACCCACUUCCUGCGGGCCGGCAGCGGGGCACUGACUGUGGCCGGCGCCGCCUUCCUACCCGGAGACAGUUGCAGUGACGACCUGCGCCUGCACGUGCAGUGGGGCCCAACGGCUGCAAGUCCCGCAGGCCGCGCAGAGCGGGGCCGCGCUGGGCUGUGCACACCCCAGUGCGCCGGCCUGGACCCUGGCCCGCCCGCCCGGCCCCGCGGGCGGCAGCUGCAGCCCCCGCGCCCCGCCGAGCUGUUGCUGCUGCUGAGCUGCCCAAUCUUCCGGGGCCAGUUCGCGCGCCUCUUUGGCAGCGAGACAGCCGAGCAGUGGCAUUUCGCAAGCGCCGCACCGGAGGAUGAGGUGUCGGAGGAGGAGGAGGAGGAUCAGCUGAGAGCGUUGGGCUGGUUCGCGCUGCUGCGCGUGCUGCCGGACCCAGAGAGGGAGGCGGAGGCGGUGGAGCGCGGGCCGAUAGUGGCGGUGGCGCCUCUCGGGGCUGUGCCCAAGGGCGCGCCGCUGUUGGCCUGCGGCUCCCCGUUCGGGGCCUUCUGCCCGGACAUUUUUCUCAAUACGCUCAGCCGCGGCGUGCUGAGCAACUCGGCCGGCCCGUUGCUGCUUACCGACGCGCGCUGCCUGCCAGGCACCGAGGGCGGCGGCGUGUUCGCGGCGCGGCCCGCGGGGACUCUGGUGGCGCUGGUGGCGGCGCCCCUCUGCUGGAAGGCCCGCGAGUGGGUGGGCCUCACCCUGCUCUGUGCCGCCGCUCCUCUCCUCUGCGCCGCCCGAGACGCGCUCUGCCACCUGCACCCCGGCACCGAUGCCCUGGCUGCCUUCCUACCGCAAGAGAUGGGCGCCCCGUGGGACCGGCCCCUCCGAGAUCCCGGCCCCCCGUGGGCAGCCGCGGCUGUGCUAGUGGAGUGCGGUUCCGUCUGGGGCUCUGGAGUGGCCGUGGCGCCCCGACUUGUGGUGACCUGCCGGCAUGUGGCCCCUCGGGAGGCAGCCGGUGUCCUGGUUCGCUCCACCACCCCGAAGGGUGCCAUAAUCUGGGGCCACGUGGUGUUUGCCACCCAGGAGACAUCUCCCUAUGACAUAGCAGUGGUGAGCCUGGAGGAGGACCUAGAGGGUGUCCCCAUACCUGUUCCAGCUGAGGAUUUCCAUGAAGGCGAGGCCGUCACGGUGGUGGGCUUCGGCGUCUUCGGCCAGGCUUGUGGGCCCUCAGUGACCUCAGGCAUCCUAUCGGCUGUGGUGCAAGUAGAUGACACACCAGUUAUGCUACAGACCACAUGUGCCGUGCAUGGUGGCUCCAGCGGGGGACCUCUCUUCUCCACCUGCUCUGGGAACCUCUUAGGCAUCAUCGCCAGCAACACCCGGGACAAUAACACUGGGGCCACCUACCCCCACCUGAACUUCAGCAUUCCCAUCACGGUGCUCCAGCCGGCCCUGCCGUACCAUCAGACAGGAGAUCUGGGCGGCCUCCGGCAGCUGGACCGCGCCACUGAGCCAGUCAGGGUGGUGUGGCGGCUGCAGCAACCCCAGACAGAGGCCCCACGGAGCAAGCUCUGAAGCUGUGUCUCCCCUCUGGAGAGAAGAGCAGCCACUUUAUGCCACAGGGAGUGCUAAAGCUGGUGACCUCAGAAUCCUGACCCAGCACGCUGCAGCUGGGCUGCCUCCCGUCGCCAGCCCUGGAGUCUGGAUCAAACUUCUCAUUAGCCUCUAUGGGUCUCUAACCUAGUCGCCCAUUUGAGGGGUGCUUUCUCGAGCCCCCAUCUCUCUCUGUCCCCUGACACUAGACUCAGCUCUGUUUUCUCCCCUUCUGGGGAACCCAGAAUGACUGUACAACAGCCCUGGUCCUGACAGACGGAUGGGAGUUGGAAGGCAGGUCCAGCCCUGGGUUUGAGUCUGCUCCCUGUCUCCUGAUGGCCACCGGCCGCCUGGAGCAGUUGCUUCCUGCACCCUGAGCUCCUCGCUGCUCUGGGUCAGAAUGGGGCUGGCAGAGCACUGGGGCUUCCUCAGAAAAAUGGGCACAGAGGCCCUGUUCUGAAGACCAGAGGUGAAAGGAGGGCAUCUUCCUGUUCCGCUAGACCAGAGGCGGUGGCGUGCCUGAAAGCCAGGACUCCUGGCUCUUCAUAUGCCAGGGGCCCUGACCUACAGGGAUGCUCUGACACAGUGCCUUAAUUUUCCAGCCCAUAAAAUGGGCCUCAGGGAUCUGGGGACAGGGGGCUGGGAUGUGUCUGGUUGGGGUUUGGGAAUAAACAGGAUCGAUAGGAGACAGGACCUACUUCUA